AUGGCUUUUCAUGACCAAAACAAGUUCCUGUACGCCCUCAGCUCUAACCAGGCUUGGGCAGGAUACAAGUCACAUCAGAAUCCAGCCUUUUUCAAAAACUUGGCAUCUGGCCAAUCGCCCUCUAUCUUAUGGUUAGGAUGCUCUGACUCGAGAGUACCAGAGACCACGAUUCUCGGCCUGCAACCUGGUGACGUCUUCGUCCAUCGUAACAUAGCCAAUAUUGUCGCGCCAACAGAUAUCAACACCUCAGCUGUCAUAGAGUACGCCGUCGUCCACCUCAAAGUCAAGCAUGUCGUUCUUUGUGGCCAUUCUGCCUGCGGCGGCGCUAAGGCUGCGCUUGGUGACUCACGUGUUGGGGGUGUCCUUGAUACAUGGUUGACACCCCUCAAAGCCGUUAGGGCUGAUUAUGCCGAGGAACUUGCUGCCAUUAAAAACGAGGAUACACGUGCUGUUCGUAUUGCCGAAUUGAACGUCGAGGCUGGGGUGAAGGUCCUUAUGGCUAACAUGGCCAUUCGGGACGCCGUCAUUGAACGCGGUCUUCAAGUGCAUGGCUGCCUAUUCGAUAUUGCUAGCGGUCGCAUCAGAGACCUGGGAUUUGGAACACCAAAAGCGGGCGGGGCUCGAGGCAUCGUGUCUACGGGUGGUGAAGAGGAGAUCGUCCGCGGGGCGCAUGCACAAUUGGUUUUCCGCGACGGAGGGGAUGCUUCCAUGGAAGUCCACUAA